AUGCAAACAACGACUAUUUAUCUAUUAUUUGUAACGCUUCUAACCUAUGCAAAAGAUGCAAGUAACGCUCCAACUAUCCCUCCACCAGAUUUCAUUUAUCCUGUGCAGCACGUUCGAGAAACACAAAAUGGCUAUCUAACCUAUAAAGAUCGACAACUUGGCUCAGAAGAAGACGAUAAACAAAAGAAUUGCGUCCCUCGUGAUUCCCCGGAAGGUAAGGAACUUCUACAUUUAAUAAACAAACAACUUGCCGAAGCAGCAGAAGGGAACUCGGCUGCAGGCGUUCCCGAAACUCCGGCACCAACGCAAAUUCUGGAUUCAAGCGCUUUGGAUGGC